UUUAAUCCGUCCAAUUCAAAAGAAACCGCCAAAUAAAGUUGUCGACACGGUUGUUAAAGCCGAAACAGGAACUAACGCAUGACCCCAUGUUUAUGACACAUAAGAUUUAAUACACGUAUUUAUUAUGAAAUAUAGAACCUAAAUACACAAAUAAGACAGUGGUCAUUCUUUAUCUCAAUUUUUGGUAACAAGAAAGGCGGAAUUGAUACAGAUUAUCACACUUACGUGAAUAGAAACAAGGAUUUAUCAACAAUUUGUUAUUUAUCUUGAACUUGAUGCGGGCCAGUUUAAUCGAAAAAGGUAUAGCUCAACCAGUGCUACCAGUUGCUCAUUUUGACCAAUCGGAAAGAACGAUUCCUCCGCCACCACCUCUUCCAAUUCCAUUACCGCCACCUCUACCCCCACCAAGAAAGAGUGCAGUUAGUGAAAAUGUGUAUCAUAACGAAAUUACAGAUUAUCCACUUAUAAGAGACGUUGAUUGUCAAACAACACAGAGUCUUCAAAGACCAGCUAAACCACAAUCACAGCUUGUUGAACACGAAAUAAGACAACAAUCACAGCUUGUUGAACACGAAAUAAGACAACAAGAAAUAACUGUUUAUUACGACCAUGCACCAUUUUUCGAACGUUUUUGUAUGUACCGAGGAUAUAAUCCAAAAGAUGUGAAACCAUGUCCAGUAACAUUUGAGCCCUCAGUAAUGUGUAUCCAUGACAAUGAUUCUAAAACGUACGAAUCUAUCCAACCGAGUACCGAUUCGUCCUCCAGCACAGAAGAGUUGAUGUCAAUGGAUGAUGUGACGUGUGAUGAAAUUAAGAAAUAUUGCUGUUAUUAUAUAUUUUGUUGUGGUAUCUGUUGUGAUUAAAGAGUAUGAAAACCCGUAAA